CUGACGUAUGGUGACGCAUUUGAGUGCACAUUGAGCAUCCAAGAUGGCUGCAUCUUUUUGGCGAGUUGGUGAGGCAGUCGUUUCUCAAGUUCGUAACCCAUUUCUGCUGUCUUUGAGAAGAGGGCAUUCCUCUGUGACUUAUGCUCAAAGCCUUCUGGGAGCUCCAGAAACUCAUCUUACCACCCUUGGCAAUGGCUUGAGGGUUGCCUCUGAGCAGACCAACCGGGAGACAUGCACGGUUGGUCUUUGGAUAAACUCUGGGAGCCGUUGGGAGUCUGAGAAGAAUAAUGGAGCUGGAUUUUUCCUGGAACACAUGGCUUUCAAGGGUACAAAGAAGCACACACAGUCUGCUCUUGAACAGGCAGUGGAGUCUAUGGGGGCUCACUUGAGUGCAUACACAUCUCGUGAGCAUACUGCUUACUACAUGAAGACCCUUGCCAAGGAUUUGCCCAAAGCCGUUGAGCUACUGUCAGAGGUGGUGCAUAGUUCAUCUUUAAGUGAGGCUGAGAUGGAGCCUCAGAGGGGUGUCGUGCUUAGAGAGCUGGAGGAGGUGGAGAGUAACUUGCAGGAUGUUUGUCUGGAUCUUCUCCAUGCUACAGCAUUUCAGGGUACUUCCCUGGGCCAUAGCGUUCUUGGUCCCUCUUCCAAUGCCAGAACCCUAACGCGCCAGGAUUUGGUGGAAUACAUCAAUAGCCAUUAUAAAGCUCCUCGCAUUGUGUUAGCUGCAGCUGGAGGAGUGAAUCAUGAUGAACUUGUGACUCUUGCUAAGCAGCAUUUCAGUGAUGUUUCUUUUGAAUAUGAGGGGGAUGCUGUGCCAAUUCCAUCGCCAUGCCGUUUCACUGGAAGUGAGAUUCGAAUGCGUGAUGACGCAUUGCCCUUAGCUCACGUCGCUAUUGCUGUAGAAGGAGCCGGAGCUGCAAGUCCUGAUAUUGUGCCACUAAUGGUCGCUAAUUCUAUCAUCGGUAGCUAUGACAUCACAUUCGGAGGUGGCAAGCACCUGAGCAGUCGUCUGGCUCGUCAGGCUUCAGAGCUGAACCUGUGUCACAGUUUCCAAGCUUUCCUCUCAUCAUACAGUGACACCGGACUGCUUGGAAUUUAUUUUGUUACAGACGGACAAAAAAUCGAGGACAUGAUGCACUGGGCUCAGAAUUCCUGGAUGAAUUUGUGCACCACAGUGACUGAGAGUGAUGUGGCUCGUGCCAAGAAUGCUUUGAAGGCUAGCUUAGUGGGACAGCUCAACGGAACUACACCCGUCUGUGAUGACAUUGGCAGGCAUAUCCUUAACUAUGGUCGCCGUAUCCCAUUGGCUGAGUGGGAUGCCAGAAUUGAGGCUGUGACUCCCAAAGUGGUCCGUGAUGUCUGCUCCAAAUACAUCUAUGACAAAUGCCCAGCUGUGUCUGCUGUUGGGCCUGUUGAGCAGCUUCCUGACUACAACAGAGUGAGAAGUGCUAUGUACUGGCUCAGAUUCUAAUGUUCCCUGGAUUGUCAGCCCUCACUGUUGUGCACUCUCUUUCUGGCUCCUGUCCUCUCGCCAUCUUAUUUUCUCUUCAUCACCACAGAUGGGGAUGGAGAGACAAAUCCAUUUCCAUCCAUAAUUUAAGACAUGGAGCAAUUCAUGAAUUGAUGUGCCGUUUUAUUUUGUCUAUUUUGUAUAUAUACACCAGCUGCACAUAAAACAUUGUCAAAUCA